CUAAAGCUAAUUAGCUAACCUGACGUGAGUUGAGGGAACGUCACAGCAGACUCUCCGUUGAUUAUAUCCAGCGCAGGCACAUGUCUUACAGAAAACACGUACAGUUGUAAAGCGAGGCGUUUGUCAUUCGGCCUAAGUGGUGUGCGUAGACCCGUAUUUCCCCCCACUUUUUGAAGUUGGCUAACCACAGCUAGCGGUAGCGCCACCAGAGAACAGGAAGCUUGUGAUCAGGACUAAUGGAGACAACAGAAGUUUGUGAGAUCGAUGUGGCGACCAGAAGAAUAGUGGGAGGCAGUGAAACUCCACCUGAACUGGACAGCCCUAGUCAGGAGGAGGUUGCUGGGUUUGGUUUGGGCUUGUGCUGCGCUGAGGAGGAGAGGGGGGAAACUCCAGGCAGAGAGGACAGUCCCAGUGACUUGGUGGAAGCAGAGCUUGAUCCCGGUGGCGACCCCAAGACUGUAGAGGACAAAGCUUUUGGGAAGGAGGUUGUUCUGCUGAUGCAGGCCCUGAACUCUUUAGCCACUCCGGAAGAGAAACUGGCUGCUCUGUGCAAGAAGUAUGCAGACCUGCUGGAAGAGAGCCGCUGCAUGCAGAAGCGACUAAAAGCCCUGCAGAAGAAGCAGGCUCAAAUUGUGAAGGAGAAGGUCCAUCUACAAGGGGAGCACAGCAAGGCCAUCCUCGCACGUAGCAAGCUGGAGAGCCUCUGUAGGGAGCUGCAGAGGCACAACAAAACACUGAAGGAGGGAAACGCUCAGCGGUCCAGGGAGUAUGAGGAGCAGCGUAAGGAGGCCAUGCUGCACUUCCAGAUGACCUUGAGUGACAUUGAGGUGCAGAUGGAGCAGCACAGCUCCCACAACACCAAGCUGAGGCAGGAGAACAUGGAAUUGGCUGAGAAGCUCAAGAAGCUCAUCGAGCAGUAUGAGCUGAGAGAGGAGCACAUAGACAAAGUGUUCAAGCACAAGGAGCUGCAGCAGCAGUUGAUGGACGCCAAGCUGCAGAGAAUCACUGAGAUGAUGAGAGAAGUGGAGGAGAAGCAGCAGAGGGAGAGGGACUUUCUUCUGAAGGACGCCACUGAGUCCAGACGCAAGUGUGAGCUGAUGAAGGAGCAGGAGACACAGCUCAAACAGCAGCUCUCCCUGUACAUGGACAAGUUUGAGGAGUUCCAGAGCACUCUGGCUAAAAGCAACGAGGUCUUCACCACGUUCAGACAAGAGAUGGAAAAGAUGACCAAGAAGAUCAAGAAGCUAGAGAAGGAAACGACACAGUGGAAGACCAAGUGGGAGAGUAACAACCAGGCCCUGCUGCAGAUGGCUGAGGAGAAAACCCUGCGUGACGGUCACUUCAAGGCCUUGCAGGGGAAGCUGGAGCUGCUGGAGAGGCUGUGCAGAGCUCUGCAGAAGGAGAGGAACGACCUCAACAACCGGCUCAGCGUCCUACAGGAGGAGGGAGAUAAAAGGACCACAGCGGCUCAGGAGGCCCAGCAGCCAGAGCCCUCAGUGGAGGAGGAGCAAGAGGAGGGCAAGGAGGGCCUGACACAGGGAGACGGACAGGAGACGGAGGGCGUCCACCAAGCUCCCAGACCACCCGAAUGUGACUCCUCACCGUCUGCCGCUGACCAUCCCACGACUGCUACGACAAGCAGUCGGCUCGCAGAAACCCCAACCACACAGCAGGACUGAGCCAACCCCUCGCUCUCUGUGUGUGUGUUUGUGUGUGUAGGUGAGAAGGGUGUGAUCAGAUGGCUCCACAUGCGUCCAGCCUAGUUCCACAACGAGCCAGACAAACCAUCUUCAAUGGAGAUAUAGAUUUUCUUUCUUUUUUUUAAGUCUACACUUGCCUCUCCAGGAAACGGAGCACAUAUCUUUUGUGUAAUCAUUUAAGAAGAAUAAAGUGACUCUAUCAAGGA